AAAUGAAGUUCUCAGCUAUCUAAUGUUGUGUCUCGUAUUUAUUAUUUAGUAAUUUAACCCCAUUGCCAUAAUUACAGGCAACUAAGUAAUAAUUAACUAUUAUUUUAUAAGUUUAAGUGUAAAAAAUAAUAAUUAAAAUGCCUGCAACGUCAUCACAUAAAUUUAUUACAUGGAUUGGAUUCAUUUCAAUCCUACAUGCUGCUUAUUCUGCUGCUCAACAUCGUUCGUAUUUGAGAAUAACAGAGCAAGAAUUUACGACACUGCCCAUUGAUAUAUUGAUUCAAGGAAUCAUCAGUCUGUUUAUUGUAAUGUACGGAGUGUUACACAUCGCUGGAGAUUUCAAAGAAAUUCGCGCAGUUGUCGAAUUGGAAAGUAAAACAUGGGAAACUACGAGAAAUUUACCAUCAUUUCAAAUAUUCAAUCAUCGUGGAAAAUGUUUAUCACCGGAUUAUAUACCACCAUAUUAAAUAUUUAAAUUAAAUUAGCUAAUAAAUAAUUAAUUAUUUUAUAAAUUAAAUUAAAGUAAUUAACUCAUAGAAAAAUUUUAUAUUAAGAAAAAAUGUUUUGGAAAUUGUUACUGCCGCAGAAAUAUUUUUCAUAAAUUUAAUUAUCUAAGUCGUAGAUAAUUAAUUUUUUGACAGAUGAUUUUCAUAGAAAUGUUUACUCUAAAAAUGUAUGAAUAAUUUUUCGCGGUUGAAAGUCAAGUCCAUAAUUUCCAAAAUAUUUUAAAUAUUUUUUUUUCUGGGAUAUAAAACAUGACAUCAAAGUUAGCCGACGUCUAAUAACUAUUGGAUUUUUUUUUUGAAUAAUAAAUUACAAAAAAAUUAGGAAAUUGCACCUCUAGCUUUUUUAAUUUUCUACAUGUGUAUAUUUUUUUUUUUCUAAUUGAAUUGUAGAAAAAAAAAUCAAAAAAUUAUUAAUCGUCUACUAGUUUCAAGAUAAUAAUAAAUAUGAUACUGAAAGUAGCAGACAUCUGACGUCCAAGUCAAUUGUCAUCAGAAAACUUUUUAAAAAAUUUCCAUUAGAAAGUUUUUUAAAAAUUCCCACAUGCAUUUUUCAAAUUUUUGCCUAUCAGUGUUUAUUUUGUUUAUUAAAAGUAAAUAAAUUUUUUAAAUGACUGCCACUUUCAGUGUCACAAUAAAACAAGUAAAGGAAAAAAGGAUUAAAAAACACAAAUGAAUUAAAUUUACCCAGCAAUGCCGAAUAUUACAUUAUUAUUAUUAUUUAUGAAUGAGAAAUAUAUAAAAUAAUCAUAAAACAACGUCACUCGAUCACUUUUUUUGUUUCUUCUUCUCGGCUUCAACUUCCUUUUCCUUUUCUAUUUCAGUAACAUACUCGCCUAUCGUGUCUGAGUCGAGCAUCUGCAUUGGCUCGUUACGACGCAUGAUAGCGAUUUCCAAAUUUUUCUGCCCUGACGUUACGACUUCAAGUAGAGCUCUGAUGGCAAGUUUUAUUGAGCCCCGUUCAGUGGCUACUUCCUCUGGUGUAUAAUAUUUUUCUAGAAAUUCUUUAACAGUCUUAGCAGCGCGUCCAGUUGCAUUGGCCUAAAAAAAACCGCACAUUCAAAUUAUGAAUCAACAAAUCCGGGAAUAAAUAUUUACCUUCCACUCGUGAUAAAUUCCAGAAGGUUCUGUUUGAAACAGAUGCGGACUUCCGUCAUAAUCAAAACCAGCUAGUAAACAUGAUAUACCAAAUGGUCGACGUCCAUUACUCUGAGUGUACUUUUGUUUAAGACCAGCAAUAUGACGAGUUAUGUAUUCUAUUGUAACAGCAUCUUCAACAGUUAACUUGUGACUUUGACAUUCAAUCUGCGCACGAUUUAUCAACACUCUGGCAUCAGCAGUAAGUCC